UGAUAUAUACCGACGUGCCUUAGGUUAUGGGAUGUAUUCCUUCUUGUACCAUGGCUGAUGAAAUAGCAAGGGCUCAAACAGCCCAAGCUGGGGGCGACACUAUAUUUGGGAAAAUCAUUCGUAAAGAGAUUCCUGCCAAUAUACUGUUUGAGGAUGACAAGUGCAUAGCCUUCCAUGACGUUGCCCCUCAGGCUCCCACUCACUUUCUGGUGGUCCCGAGGAAAGCCAUCGCUCAAAUCUCAAAAGCAGAGGAUGCUGAUGCUGCACUGCUGGGUCACUUGAUGAUCGUGGCCAAGAACUGCGCCGAAAAGCUGGGACUGGCCAAAGGCUACCGGCUGGUGCUGAACGAGGGGCCCGACGGCGGCCAGUCUGUGUACCACGUCCACAUCCACGUCAUGGGCGGCCGCCAGAUGGGCUGGCCUCCAGGCUAAGCCAUGCCAAGCAGAGCCGCCUGUGGACACCACUGCCCUUCUACCCUCCCCGAUUUUUCUGUCCGUGAUUUCGCCGCACAUGUCCAGUAUCAGUAUCAGUAUCCACGUCAGACGUGUUUGUGUUGGUCGUCGUUUCAUCAUGUCUGACUGAGUUUACGGCCAUCAAGACAAAUAAAAGCACUAGGUUUCAAACUAAA